GUGGAUGAAAAUAAACCAAAGAUGGCAAAGGAGGAGAAAACGUAUACUUUUAAAGCUCGGACUCUGUAUAUUUUCUUAGCUGUCUCCGUUUCCUUAUUUAUUAUCUGUAUCGGCCUUGCAGUUGCCGUUGGUGAGUUCUGUUCCUUUAUCCAUUACCUUUGACUGCCACCUUGUGGUCAUUGUUUGCUUCUGUGCCUUAACAGGCAGAACAGUGGGACCUUGGCAAACAUGCGCUUCUAUGUCUGUUUGCCAAGGUAACACAAAUGUGGAGGAAACAGGUGGCAAUCUCAGGGAGAUGGGGCUCCUCUUCCACGUAACAAAUUUUCCCCUGAAAAUGCUUGCCCGUGAAUUAGUGUUUUGCAGCGUGCAGAGGACCGCAGCCUUAGCUUCCGUAAGACCAGCAGGAGACGGCUCUGGCAAUGACUAUAAUGUAUCACGGUUUUAGGACUACAAUGACCACUUGACUGAUCAAUGGAAAGCCUUUUUAAUCAACUAAAAAUGUCUCCCGUGUUUAAUCAGGUCAGCAGCCCCCCCAUUUAAUAUUAACGCUUCCAAAAAUUGUGGUCGUCAGGCACCAUUUUAGAAGAGGCUUUCUGUUUUGGGCAGACAAAAGACAUUCCCCUUAUAUUGCCUUAUAUUGUUUGGGUUUUCCAGGCCGCAGCUGAACUUCUGGGGAUGAGGGCCGCUGAGGGGCAGGGUCGGGGCAAAAAAGGGGCAACGCAACAGGUGUGGUUCUUAGCUUUGUACCGUAGACCACACACCAGCUAGAGCGGUGACAGGCUAACAGGCUAACAUCAGAGCCUUUAGGGAAAUUGUCAAGUAUAAGUGUCACUCAAUUUAAUACAUAUUGCUUGAUAAUUAGACUGCAGUCCUGUACCACAGGGAGGCAGAACCCUUUUUUGAGCAUCAUAGGAAAACCUUCCAGUAUGUGUGGAACCAAGUAUGUAUCUACCAGUUCACUUUGCAUUUAGUUCACAAUUUAAUUCAAUUUUAUCCGAAUGACCCUUGGCAAAAAAUUUUUUAUAAAAAAAUCAGCAUCCAGAACGGUAUAAGCUGCUGUGUUGAUAUAUAAAUUAUACGUAAGAAGACUAAGGAAACAUCAAGGCACACAGAUAGAAUGUUUAGUUUAUUUUCCCCAGCAAUUAUUAUAUUUUAGCUUCAAGGCCCAAGGAGUUUUGGAGAGUUAAGAACAAAUAUAAGAGAAUGAACUUGAAGAUGGAUUAGAAAUUGUGUGUGUAGUGGUUCUAGGGGUUGCUCGUGUGUAAGCCGGUGCAAACACCUGGCUGGGUUGCCUGAGUGAACCUUUUCCAUCCAGACAGCCACUCACCCGUGGCUGUCUCAAUCGCUGGCAGAAUCCGUCAGUGGGCGUUUCUUAAACUUCUUCCAGCAAAGAAGCUCUUUGACGCCUAGUCUCCUCCUACUCUCUCUGCGCGAAAGCCUUCUGCGCAAGGAGGGCGUAGGCAGCGGAGGACCUCUACUCUCCCCGCUGGUCCCCGGCAAGGAGUCAUGGGACCGCCUCGCCGCUUCCCCCAUCUGCCCCCCUUCUCCACUGGUGCUACGCUGAUUCUCUUCCCCAGAAGAUGGGCUGCCUCUCCCAAUCCCGGGAUGCUCUCCGGAAUCCCUCUGGAUUUUGCUCUCUCCCUCCGGCACUGAUGGCAGUUCCCUGACAGUGUGCUUCAGAGAUUAUUAUUAUUUUAACAAAUUCAGUGAACUUUGCAUUUUUUUUACUUUCUCUUCUGCUCUAUUUUCUAAAGCAAAAAAGGGCUCCUUUUCCUACUUGUGUGGAAAAGUACAAAGCUAUAUUCCAGUCAAGCAAAAGACAAGAGGCUGAGUUUAAUUAAUUCAGUGGUACCUCUAGUUACGAACUUAAUUCGUUCCGGAGGUCCGUUUUUAAGCUGAAACUGUUCUUAACUAGAGGCGUGCUUUCGCUAAUGGGGCCUCUUGCUGCCGGUGCAUCGCCGGCACACGAUUUCCGUUCUCAUCCUGGGGCAAAAUUCUCAACCCGAGGUAACUCUUCCAGGUUAGCGGAGUUUGUAACCUGAAGCGUUUGUAACUCGAGGUAUCACUGUAGCCAGCACAAGUCCCUCUAGUGGAACAAGCUUUCUCCCUGCCUGGCCCCCCUAAACAGCUUGGGGUGUGUGUCAGGAGAACCCUCAGAACAGACUGUGGGGAGGAGAAAGGGAGAAAUAGCUUGGAAACACACAUGUUUUUGCUUGCCCGAUUGAACAAUUUCCUUAAUGCUAGUUUAAAUUCCACCCAGAGACUUCUGCACUCACAUGUCAAAAGUCAUAAUUCAAGAACGCAUCAUAGCUGGGUCAAACCUAGGCAUGCAGCAGGGCAGGUGAGGGGGGUGGCCUGGGUCCCAAGGACCAAAUAUUUGAGGAUUGCAGGGCUGUAUUUGGCCCUAUCUCUGCAGUACGGAGUUAAACUGUGUUAGGAAUGGCACCAGUCAGGAAAAGCAGGAGAUGGGUAGGUGCAUCUCCCACCACAGCGAUGAAUAAAUGGACUAUGCUGCAGUGCUAGCAGACGCAGCUGUUUUCCCUCUUAAUGUUAAAGUAAUAGGCCUUUGUUUUCAAUCACUUUCUUCAGAGCUAUUGUUCUUAUUCCUAUGCAAAGAUUUGCAAAUUUAAUCUAUGGAAUUACAAAUCGGUAUGUUAUCUGCUCAGAAGCAAGUCCCACUGGGCUUGAACUCCCAGGUCAAUGGUUGUGGGAUUGCAGCCUAAGUAGAGCAACAAUCUUCACCUUGUCUACUCAGAAGUAAGCCCUAUUGAAUCUAGUGGGGCUAACUGCCAAGCUAAGUGGAGUUUGGGUUAUAGCCCUCUCUAUUUCCAGAGCAGUAGCUGUGCAGUUAGGUUAGCUGCUCUUAAAUUAUUUUCUUUCUUUCAGGUAUCUUGUCGACACGCUCAUCAACGGUUCAGUACCCUUCAGAUUACAACCCCUGCCCUCAGGGCUGCGUUCUGCCAAAACCCACACCAUCACAUCUGUACCCUUCCUGUGUCCCCGCCUGCCCUCAGGGCUGGGUCGUGCAUGAAGCCCGGUGCUACUAUUUUUCAACUGCUGAGGCAAACUGGACCUCCAGUCAGAGCAACUGUUCUUCUUAUGGUGGCUCCCUGACGGCAAUCGAUACUCCAAGUGAAAUGGUGAGAGCCUUUCCAGUCUGCCCUGUGGACUUCAUUAUAAGCAAGAAGCAUUUAGGCCAAGGCUGUAUUGUGAUUUACCAGUUAAAUCAGCAGUGGGGAGCCUCAUGUACACCACAGCUUCCAAUUGAUCUCAGUGCUUCUGUCCCAGUUGCCAGUCAUCCCAUUACAUUUUAUGGAUACCACAGAUAAGCCUAUUUCACCUCUGAUCUUAACACUGACAGGGGCUCUUUCCCAUCAGGAGGAAUUGACGACUAUCAUUAACUUGGAUGGCUUUGAAAGAGGAUUAAGUUAGAGAAAUAAGCUUUGUUCUGAUGUACCUCGGAACAGUCCUUCCAACUAGCAGCUGAGCAGCUGGUUGGCAAGACUGCUCUAUUGCAAUAGUUUUGAUAAACGCUAGGUCCCUCUGGGAUACUGGACUUGAAUUAGUUUCCUUGGUUCUGUGGUUUAUUUUAAAGGUAGUCCCUCAGCUGGGUAACAAAAAAGGUGGUGUAGAAGUGAAUUCUUACCACACUAGUCUCUUGUAAGCAGGGCAAAGAACAGGGCCUUGGGCAUGAUGUGGGAGUAGAUGGCCCAUCCAGUGGUCCUGAACUGUUUAGAGCAGGCUUCCUCAACCUCGGCCCUCCAGAUGUUUUUGGCCUACAACUCCCAUGAUCCCUAGCUAGCAGGACCAGUGGUCAGGGAUGAUGGGAGCUGUAGUCUCAAAACAUCUGGAGGGCCGAUGUUGAGUAAGCCUGGUUAAGGUUUCAAACACCCCCAAACCAGCACUUCACAUGGAGCCUAAAAAUAAACAGGCAGACAGCGUAACUGGUAGAUGAUUGAUCCAUUGUUGGCCCCCACCAGAUAAUCAAAGGACUCAUGAGCACAGGCUCAUGGCACAAAUUUGCAGAACAUGUGCAUUUGAUGAUUUAUAGGAUAUGCCUGUGGGAAAUUCAAGUGGUGAGUGGGCUGCAUUCUCACUAGCAUGAUAUAUAAGCCAUAAGGUAAAGGUAAAGGGACCCCUGACCGUUAGGUCCAGUCACAGAUGACUCUGGGGUUGCGGCGCUCAUCUCGCUUUAUUGGCCGAGGGAGCUUCCGGGUCAUGUGGCCAGCAUGACUAAGCAGCUUCUGGCGAACCAGAG